UGUGCUCAUGUGACGGAGACGAGCUGUGUAGCUGUAGAUCAGUGAACUAGCGCUUCUGGUGAUGAUGAUACGGCUGAUGGAGGGUAUGCGUCUUCACUGGGCCAGUAUUAAAGCGAGCAAAAACUCGUGAGACAGUAGGGAAGCACGCAGUCAGACAGGUCGUCUUGUGCUCACGGAGCUGGGAUACUUCCACGGAUUUCAUUACGAUGGCUUGGAGGGGCGCGAGAACACGGUCGUUUUGUCGACCAAUUCAUUAUUUACCCUAAGGCCAGUGUUGUUUCUGUACAGAGGAUUCAGCGGAAAGGAAAAGGUGAUGACCUGGAUUGUGCCGUGUGAAUGACUGAAUACCAUGAAGCACACACAAAAGCUGCUGUUUAUUGUGUGCUUCAUCCUGGUACUGGGCUUUAUUUACUACGCCUCCUGGAAGCUACAUCUAUACGUAUGGGGUCAGACGCCUCAGAGGAUUGCAGAAGAGACAACUGUAGUCCUGACAGAAGUGAAAAGAAUUACAGAGUUGAAAACAGACAACAACGUGGGACGAAUAGUAGGUACACCAGUGUAUGAUACACAGGGCUUUUCCCUGAAUCUGGACAAAAAACUGCCACCAGAGUUGGCAUACAAGUAUGACAACCUCAGCGAAGAGGAGUGCAAGCCAGGAUAUGCAGCAGCCAAGAUGACCAACAUCUAUCCUAAGUUCAUAAAACCAGCACCCAUGUUUCUUGAUCAGAACUUCAGACGUCUAGGAAAAGUCAACAGUUACUUACCUCCCUUUGGAUUCAGAACGCAAGAAAGAAUCAUAGACAGUAUUUUAACUGCCACAAAAUAUUAUGGACUUGGAAAGGAGCUGGACAGUCUCAGGUGUAAAAGAUGCAUCAUUGUGGGCAACGGGGGCAUCCUCUCCAACAAGUCUCUGGGCUCCCGUAUAGAUGACUAUGAUGUUAUAGUAAGGUUGAAUGAGGCCCCAAUAACUGGUUAUGUCAAAGACGUCGGGACCAAAACCACCAUGAGGAUAACCUACCCAGAGGGAGCUUUCCAGAAGGCUGAACUUUAUGAAAAAAACUCACUGUUUGUUUUUUCUGCUUUCAAACCUCUGGAUUUCAAGUGGCUCAGACAGAUGGUCUUCAAGGAGAAUCUGAGGGGCACACAGGGUUUUUGGAAGCCGGUGGCUCGCAAAUUGCCUCGCGAGCCAAAAGAAAUAAGAAUCCUCAAUCCCUUCUUUAUCCAGGAGGCUGCCUUCCAGUUCAUAGGCCUGCCGUUAAACCAUGGCCUAAUGGGCAAAGGGAACAUUCCAACUUUGGGAACAGUUGCUAUAACGAUGGCACUGCACAACUGUGAUGAGGUGGCAGUGGCUGGUUUUGGCUACGACAUGAGCACACCCUAUGCACCUCUGCACUACUACGAGAAUGUCAAGAUGUCUGCUAUUAAAGAGUCAUGGACACACAACAUAUCCAAGGAGAAGGAGUUCCUCCGCAAGCUGGUGAAGGCCAACGUCAUCACAGACCUGACCCACGGUAUCUGAGUUUACUCCCACCUACAGUCUCCUUCUGCGUUUCCCAAAGGACUACAAAACAGGAAGCUGGGAAACGGAUAGAAAAGAACCCUUAGAUUCCGGGUGGCCUGAACACUGUCGGGGUUUUCAUAUCAAAGGAGAUCUUUUUUUUUUUUUUAAAGAUACAGGAGGUUUUCUGUGGAGAGAUGCACACAUGUGCCUUCAGAACCAAAGAUUCCAGCUGAUCGAAGCAGGGGAUGGGGGGUCAUGGGGAGGACUUAUCAAGAGGCGGUCGGAGGAAAGCUCUUCAGCCCCACGCAUCAAUGCUUACCCCCCACCCCACCGCCCUGUUGACAUACACAUGUCAGGAUUUCGCUGAACUUGCUGGCCAACUUGAUGAAGGGACAUAAAGGAAUAAAGAGAGGACGGUAACAGAACGUGUGCGGGGAUGGGCUGAUUAUUAGCAGUGCCAAAUGUACCUCGUACAGGGGAGCAGUUCUCUCCUUUUGCUGCCUGAAUGUAUUCACUUUACUCAGUGUUAAUAUCAAAGAUUUCUACAUUGCUUUUUAACAAGAUGCAGCAGCCCCCAUCCCCCACCUUCCCUCUGUCCAUUCAUUCACAUCUGUCCAGGGUCCAAAAUGAACACCUGCCAAGUCAGAUAGUAGAUAAAGAGGGUCACCUGCCACUCGGACUGGUAACACUUUUGAGACACUCACAAUCGAGUGUUGUCGUAAUAUAUAGACUUUUGUUUCAAUUUCCUCAGUUUUUUUUCUGUAAGGGAGUUAUAUUAGUGACUAUAAACCAGGUUGUGUUGUUAAGCUGGCUCUACAGAAUGGUUGUGUGUUUCUGAUAUCUGGUGGUCAGUUAUCCCCAUGUAACCAAAGGUCACCAAAUAGAUUAAAACAAACAAGUUUACAGAUAAAUUAUUUAAAUGUUUUCAAUUUUCAGCUUUUUAAUGAUAAUUUUAGUAAUCAGAAUCUCUACACUAAACAGAAUUUUGUUAAGUGUGUGGAUUCGUUGGUCUUAAUUCUUUUUAUUUGGUCUUUUUUUUUUGUUGUUGUUGUGUUUCUGGCAGGUGAGCCCAGAAGUUAAAUUCGGACACCGACCUCUCUCUUCCACCUCUUUGUGUCUUUGUAAAUUCUUCUUCCUCUCGGUUGAUUCACAUCAUGGUAUUGUCUUCACCAUUUCAUCAGCUACAGCAUAGACGUACAGUAACUUGUACUGGGGAAAGAGAGUAGAUUCUGUAUGUCCGAUCUCCUUUUCCAACCACCUGUUGCUGCAGAUGUUCUUGUUCUUCAGUAAAUGGUGAAAUCUCAGAUCGUAGAUGAUAAAUAUAUAUAUAUACACACACACAUAUAUAUAUAUAUAUAUAUAUAUAUAUAUAUAUAUAUAUAGUUUCUUUGGUUGUUUUUAGGUUACUUUUAAUUAUUUAUUUUACAAAGUCCCAGUGUUUUGGUCACAAGCCUACUUUCUGUUCAGUUAAGAGAAAACACAAAAAUUUUGAAUUUGUGUUUCUUUUCAAAAUUCCCCACCAUGUUUUUCUACAGACACUGCAUCAUCUUUUAAGUUUGUGGCAGAAGCAGUGGUGGGAUUGAAGGAUCAAUCUGUUUUUUAAUUGGCUUAAUGUUAAAUGUUGUUUCUGUCCUUAAUGCAGCUUAUGUUAGCACAAUACUGUUGUGCUCUUUUCUACGAUGGACGCAUUCACAGUUUCUUAAAACUGAGAUAUUCUAUGAUGUUAUAAUUGCAAUGCUCAUUGUCAAAUUACAUACAUACAUGCAUACAUAAUAUUACAUGGUCUGAUCAGGCCUUUGCACUUUGCAGAGAUGGUUCUGCCCCAUGCCUCUCAGUAUUUCAGUAUUCUCCCUCAAAAAAUGAUGUGUCAACAUGUCACAUCUGUGUGCUUUUUGUCAUUUUAUCAAAUUAAUGCGAUAAACAGCUUUAUAAUAGUGAUGGUACAUUUAAAUUCUGCUUCACCAAAGCAGGGUUUUGUUGUUUUUACAGUUCAGUGGGGUUUAGAUCUGUUUUCUGUUUAUAAUUCUUCUUUGGGAGUGCAUAUUUACUGUACAUUUUUUUUAUAAAUACACACACACACACACACACACACACACACACACACACACACACACACACACACACACACACACACACACACACACACACACACACACACACACACACACACAGGUUCACUUCCAUCACUCUGUCAGUAAGCUGCUCUUGUUGGAUCUGUCACAUUGCUCCUUUUUUGAUUGGUUUUCACACAGCAGCAUGUCCUACCCAGUCCCCUCAGAGUGGCUCCGCUGGGCUUGAAGGACUGGAGCACUUUUUAGAAACUCUGCCCUUUUUGGGACUUUUUUUCUGAGAGCGAAGAUACAAUGAGCAGCUGACCAUUGCACUAUCAUUAGGCGCUCUUGGUGCCUUACACCUCAUCACCUGGAAACUGUAGCGAGGAGUUUGACAUGGGAAAGUAGCAGCAGCCAAUCGUGUGUGUGUGUGGGGGGGUAUAGUAUAGUGUGUAUGUGUGUAUGCUAACAGUCGAGGAAGUAUUGAAGCCUCCAUACUGGUAGUUUUAGCCCAAACUACAUAUUCACCACAAUUGUAUUUUUUCACAAUUUAAAUUAUUGGCUACUAAACGGCAACAAAUUAAAUGCAAGAAGUGACCAAAAACACUUUGCUUCAUCCAUGGUAGCUAAUCGUUUGUCUUGCAUUGAUGUGCAACAUUCCUAAUCAAUACAGUGGUUUUUGGAAGCUUACUAUUAAAGGGGCACUCCUCCAAUUGCAUACAAAGUUCAGUUUACUCCUCACGAAGAGUACUACUGAGUUGAAUAGUUGUGUAAUGUCUUAUGUGUUACUGGAGGGAGCUUUUGUAAAAAAAAAAAACAAAUAAAUCUGUUUUUGGAGCUUGACCCAUUCUAGAGACUAAAGGUCAGGAUAUCUUUUUUCUUUGCUGCUACGAUUAUGACCGUUCCUUUUUAAAUCUGUCUUUUGAGUGCAGUGCUAAACUGGAGUACCUCUUUAAUAAUAAUAAACUAUAUUUAUGAAGCACUUAAAAAGUUACAGUGCUUUACAUGGUUGAACCAGUGGUCACACACUUCAACAUUAACGCUUGAAAUGCACUAGCAAGGAGAGAUUGUAAGUUGUCCUCGCUGACGGCCGCAGGGCCAUGUCAUAUUAAUGGGACUUGACAAAAAAUGAAGGAGACAGUGAAAGAUUAUGUAUAACAAACAGCUUAGAUUUGGCUAAAUGAAGAUAGCGUACUGAAAUCAUUUGAACCAGCGGCUGCUUGAAGGAUUGUAUGUUUUGGAAAAUGAUCAUUAAUAAAGUAGAAUAUGUGCAAUUUGUAGUCAGCGGGCUAAAAUAAAACCUGCCAAAACACCAGUAUUGUCUUUAAGACUUUGAGACUAAGCAGAUCCUUAGUUUUUCAUUUUUUUUGUGGGGGGGGUUAUUUCAGACUUUUACAAAUGCUGGAAGAGUUUCAAUGAAUUGAUCCAAAUUGCCUCUUUUGCUGUCUUGUUCUCUUAAAGCUGAAUGUAUUCGCUUUCAUCAUCAUAUUUAUAGACCUUUUUUUUUUUCAUUGCACCAUCAUCAAGGGGAAUCUAAAGUGAUCAAAACGGUUACUGUUUCUUUUUUAUAUAUUCUUCUAAAUGGCUUUCUGCAACUCAAUAAAUAUGUUUCUAAUGGA